AUGGGCAAGGUCCGCUCCUUCUCCCGCAGCGGCAAGAACGUGGGCGCCGGUGCCCAGGCAGGCGCGUCCUCGCGUCUCUCCUCGUCCGGCCUCUGCGAUGAGCGCGCCGCCCUCCCCCCAUCCUCCGCGUCGGCCGAGCACGAGACGGAGCGUGUCUUCCGCAAGUUCGACUCCAGCGGCGACGGCCGGAUCUCGUGGCCCGACCUUGCGGCGCUGUUUGAGAGCGUGGGCUACACGGCCAGCGGCCACCGAUGA